UUUGAAACGCGGACCCGGAAGUGAUGGUUAAUAUUUUCGCUGCUUUAACGAUGCGCAGUUUUACCGUGAACUGAUCAAAAUAACGAGAAAACGCGUCGAUUGUUUCCUUUGAUGAUCGACGAAGCGACACCGGAAGCUAAUGGACGACGAUUUCAAGGUGGAGACGAAGCUUCGGGAAGAUCAUGGCGCCCCGUGGCAGACGUGUUGGACCCUGGCAGUAGAACCCGGGACUGAGAACAAACAGGAAGCUCUCCAGUGGCUUCAGCUGGGCUUUAAAACACUCGUCCCCACAAACUCACUCACAAGCUGCUGCACCUGGGACUCGACCUCACACCCUCCUCACUGGCCGGCCACCGGCACCCCCCAGGGAUGUGUUCUCAGCCCCAUGCUCGACACCGGCGGCGUGGAAACAGCUUCUAGACGUGAGGUGACGUCUGGUGACUUGGUGUGAAGGGAACCAUCUCACCCUCAACACAAGACCAAGGAGAUGAUGGUGGACGUGAGAAAGGAGAGGAGAACUCAUCGCCCCCCCCGCACACCUACCUGGACUAUACCUCGACACAACGCUUCUUUACCUUCAGACGUCAGACAAGUGAUCGUUGGUGAGGACGAGCAGCAGCAGUGGAGCCCCCUUGUGGACCAGGAGGACCCAGAGCCCCCCCACAUUAAAGAGGAACAGGAGGAACCGGGGACCAAUCAGGAGGGAGAGCAGCUGGAGGAGUCUGAUAUCAAGUUCUCAUUUACUCCUGUCGCUGUGAAGAGUGAAGAAGAUGAAGAGACACCUCAGUCAUCACAGCUUCAUCAGAGUCAGACUGAGGAGAACAGAGCGAACUGUGGAGGACCAGAACCAGCCAGGAACUCAGGUCCUGAUGGACAUUUACAACCAGGUCCUGAGACUGAAGACUCCUCUGAGACUGAAGACAGUGAAGGUGAUUGGAUGGAGACCAGGGAACCUCAGUCUGGUUUGAAAAAUAAAGUGAUUCAUUUGAACUGUAACACUGUGGAGAGAUCGUUCAGCUGCUGUAAGUGUGGACAGAGAUUCGGCCGUAAACCACAUUUGAAUGCACACAUGAGAAUUCACACUGGAGAGAAACCGUUCAGCUGCCCCUUCUGUGGCAAAAGAUUUUCUCAGAAAGGAAACUCGAUCAGUCACAUGAGGCUUCACACGGGAGAGAAACCUUUCAGCUGCUCUGUCUGUAAGAAAAGCUUCAGGUACAGUGGAGACGUGAGCAGACACAUGAGGAUCCAUACAGGAAAGAAGAAAAACAGCCGUGGCGCUCGGGACUUGGUCGUCAGCAGCGCUCACACAGGAUCACAACCGACCCACAGCUUCGACACAGACAGACUCAAACCUCCGGUGACUGACGACAGAACCGACGUCGGCACCAGUGACGAUGGCUCGAAGGAAAUCAGGGAACCGGACUCAGAUUUAAAUGGCCAGAGAAACGACAACAUCUCUGAGCGUGACACAAGGUGUAACGCUGACAAGGAGCCGUUCAGCUGCUCCGCGUGCGGCAGAACAUUCUGUCGUAAGGAUCAUCUGAUGAGCCACAUGAGAACACACACGGGAGAGAAACCGUUCAGCUGUUCGGUUUGUCAGAAACGUUUUAGCUGCAACGGGAACAUUUUGGCACACAUGAGGAUUCAUACCAGAGAGAAACCGUUCAGCUGCUCCUUCUGUGGCAAAAGUUUCAGCCAGAAAGGAACUCUGCAGCUGCACGAGAGGAUUCACACCGGAGAGAAACCGUUCAGCUGCCCUUUUUGUGACAAAAGAUUUGCUCACAAAAGACGUAUGACGCUGCACAUGUCCGUCCACACUGAGGAGAAACGCUUCAGCUGCAACGUCUGCAACAAAAGAUUCACAUGGUACACACAACUCAAAACACACAAGUGUGUCGGUGCGUCCUCGCAGACUCGACAGAACCAAACUGAGAAAAAGGUUUCAGCCAAGGAGGCGUUCAGCUGCAGCGAGUGUGGGAAACUAUUCAGCCUGAAAGGAAAUCUGAAGACGCACAUGAGGAUCCACACAGGAGAGAAACCGUUCAGCUGCUCGGUCUGCGGCAAAAGCUUUAAACAAAACGUUCAUCUGACCGAGCACAUGACCAUUCACACGGGUGAAAAACUUUACAAGUGCGACGUCUGUGGCAAAGGAUUCAACAAGAAGUUACUGGUGAAAAAACACACGUGUGUUUAAACACGUUUAGACGUCGACCAGUCUGAGGACAUGGAUUUAUAUUCGGCAUGAAAACAAAUUGUUCAUGUUUCAGCAGUGAAGAUAUUAUCGCCCUAAAAGAUCAGAUUCUUAUGAACUCAGUUUCCAACUUUGAAGUUUAAUAACUCAGAUAAAACAAGAAAAAUGAAGUUCUUCAUGAAACAACUCAAUCUAAAGAAUUGAAAUCACUCACAGCCACUGAGUUCUCCAUGUCUGAAUGUUCAGUGAGAAUUAUUACUUCCUAUGUAGUGGACUCAUUGUAUCCCAUAAUGCAUUGUGAUAAGCAUUGUAUGACAGAGCGAUAUAUCCCAUCAUGCACUGCUUGACAAGAGAACUGUACUUUGCCAGUAUGAACCUAAUCUGACCAGGAUCGGACACAACAGAUGUUUUCAGACGAACUUGGUAAAAUAGUCUAAACAGUUUCUGGAGUGAAGGAGAAAUGAGAUCUGAAGAACGGGUCAAAUAUAUACACAGAACUUUUAUUAAAAUGUGACUUUGACAUUU